GGCCGGCCAAUCAAAUCGCGGGAUUUGUGUCUUGUCUCGGGCUCGGCAUGUUCUCAUAGCCUUGCUUCUAACCGGGUCCACGUGUACGCAGAGCUGUUAAACUACAUGCUGACAUAAUGUCUGCUUUACCCUGGAAAUACUUCACCAGCCAUGGUGUGGACCGAAACAUCUUGUCAGCCUCAAACAAAGAAACAACCACUAUUUCUCAUCAAGCUAAAAGAUGUAGACGAUGGAAAAAGAAUAAAAUAAAAGAUUCCACCAUUGAAUUGUCAUGUGACCAGAAAAGAGGAAAGAAAAGAAAGUCAGAUGAGCUUCUGGAAAACAAGACGGGGAGUGUUGAACAUGGAGAUGUUUCGGAAUCUGUAUCUGAACAGUCAAAUCAUGUGCAAUUCAAAAGGCCUAGAAUAACCCCUCAUACACUGACUGGUGAAGCUGAGUCUGCACUACCUCUCACUGACAGCUGGGAAGUGGACAGUGGCUUUUCAUCUGAAACCAGCCCUCCCACUAGUGGCAGGAGUUCGCCAUGUGUGGGAAUAGACCACUCUAGGCUAGUAGCUAUGGACUGUGAAAUGGUCGGCACUGGACCUGGUGGUCGGUGUAGUGAAGUGGCGCGCUGUAGUAUUGUAAAUUAUUAUGGUAGUGUUAUAUAUGAUAAAUAUAUUUUACCUCGGCAUCCAGUCACAGACUACCGCACAAGAUGGAGUGGCAUUAGGAAACAUCAUUUAGCACAAGCAGUGCCUUUUGAGGAUGCUCAAAAUGAGAUUGCCAACAUCCUCAAAGAGAAGAUUAUUGUUGGCCAUGCCUUAUUUAAUGACUUCCUGGUGCUUGACAUCUCCGUCCCGGCACGAAUGAUUAGGGAUACCUCUUCCUGUAGCUUGCUGCGGAAGUUGUAUAAUUCUGCUGAAAAAUGCAAAAUCUCUUUAAAGAAACUGGCUCAGACUCUUCUUAAUAGGACCAUACAGAUUAGCAGGAUGGGUCACUGCUCUGUAGAGGAUUCCCGUGCUGCCAUGGACCUGUACAAGCUGGUAGGGGAUGAGUGGGAAAAAUGCAUCCUGUCCUGGGUUUCAAACACGGACCGUAAUUCAAACCCCAACAACUCCCUAAAGCACUACAUGGAAGACAAGUACUGGCCAGAAAGUUCGAUGGUGGAAGACCAGAACUGGACGGAAAGUUUGAUGGCGGAAGACCAGUACUGGACGGAAAGUUUGAUGGCGGAAGACCAGUACUGGACGGAAAGUUUGAUGGCGGAAGACCAGUACUGGACGGAAAGUUUGAUGGACUGCAGCGUCCAAGACCAAGAGUUAGGAUAACGAUGCCAACCUCAAUGCCACGAAUCGUCUUUGUUGUUUAAUGUUAUUUAAACCUCAAACUUGACAUGUUAACAUUCAGUAAGGAAAGGUGGAAGUGUAAUUUGUAGAACUGUAAUAUUGCACUUGAAAAACUUGUUUAAUAACUUAAACUUUGACUGUAAAAGUUGAUAAUGUUCAUAAAGGGAUUUUUAAGUUAAUAAGCUUUUUGAAUCUACACAGUCUGUAUUUUAGGGAUUAACUCCAUUGUGAGUUUCUCAUUUGUAUGAUCAAUGUUAUCAACCUGUUAUGAUAUCAAUGAUAUCAAUAAUUAUGCUUUCUGUGGAGUUGCAGAUAGCAUUAUUGUUAUAUUGACAAUGCUCUUCAUCCUGAAAACACAUUCAUGUCAAAAGUUUAAAUACAAAAAUGUCUAAAUAAAGAUUAUGGAUACGAAA